UAGACAUGUCACUAGUAGGGGCUGCGUGUGUAGUUGUGGCAACGAUAUCUCAACUUGCAAUACUUGUAUUGCUCUAUCUGGCUAAAACAAAAACAGGUUGGUUAUUUCCCACUUAUAUCGGCACUCUCACUCUCAGUACUUUCCUUAUGAUUCUGAGAAUCUUUCAAGUUCUCUCCAACAGAGGGAUAUUGAAACAAGACAACUUUUAUAAAAGAAACGCAGAGGUUAUCAGGUUUACUACGAUACUAAUAGGAGUACUAACAGUGCUGGCCUCAUCAGUGAUACUAGGAGUGUUUGUGUACAUAAGCUACCUGUUCUACUUAGAAGAAGAGCACGACGUACUGCACUCCUACACGUACGGGUACGGAGUGACACUAGAAGUGGGGGUAAUGGAGCACGUGACUGUGCUCACUAUCACAGUGUUGGGGGGAGUGUCCGUGUUGGGGCACGUGAUUAACACGUGUUUAGCGUGCUGUUGUCAUGGCGACCUAGCUCAGUAGACAUGUCAGAUGUAGUCAGAUGUUACACUUUAAUUCAGUUUUUUCAGUUUUCUUGAAUAUGAAUGAACAAAAUUUCCCAUGACGUGUUAAAAGUUAUGUAUCAAUGGGGUUUCUACAAAAUAUGUCAAUAAAUUAAGAUUAAGGU